GACAAAUGUGGCUGAUGAGACCUAAGAACCGAAGCCACGUCAUUGGAGAACAGCUUUCCAGAUCUCCAGCUGGCAGCGUGGAUGUGACCAAGGAUUGAACGACGUUAUUCCUCGACGUUGCGUGAUACCACGCACUAUGCUACUCAACUCCAAGUAAUUGCUCUCAUAUUCGACAUUUUCCUCUCCUAGCCGUACGGAAAAGUCUCCAUUCGCCACCGAAGAUGGACAUUACACCGGUAUUCAACGAAAUCCUGCGGAAGCGCAAUGCGCCCAUCGUCACCGAAAAGAAGCUCAGUCUCGAAGCGAUUGACGGCUUCCUCAAGGAGGCUUACAGAAUAAACUCCCACAUCACAAACCUCCACAACGAACUCAAAGAUGUCCGACAAGCCUACCUCUCAACAGCGCAGCCGCGCAAAACACACAUCCACGCCGCCGCCGCCGCCGCCCAGCAACAGCAGCAACGUCACCUAACAGACCGCGACCGCGAAGAAGUCGACGCAAACGCAAAGCAAAUGCUCCGCGAGCUCAACGCAAGCAUCACAGCCCUCAACGAAGCAGAGCUCCUCCGCCGCGAAACCGAAACGGCCGUCAUCCGCAAAAAGUACGCCAGCAGGCUCGGCGCCUUGGGAGCAUGGGCCGCCGCAAGCGAUGCGGGGGACAGCGACAAGGGAAAGACGGCGGAGCACGCCGCGGCCGAGGCGCGCGCGAGGACGAUUGGGCAGCACCGCGACGAGGUGAUUCAGAGUCUAAGGCUGGGGCUGCAGCGGUGCGGGAGGACGCAGCAGGAUAUGAUGGAGAUGAGGCUUACGAGGGAGAUGGAGAAGAAUCGGAGCGUGUUGGCUAAGGCUGGUGGUGGUGGUGCGAUGCCUGAGUUGGGUGGGUUUUAUGAGUCCAUGGCGAAGAGUGCUGCGGCCAACAAGGGGACGGCGGGCAAGGCUGGUGGUGGUCUGCCGCCGGGGGAUGAGGGUACAUCGUCGUAUGAUCCGCGAGAGGGCCUUACGGAUGAGCAGAUUCAGAUGUUUGAAAAGGGGAACCAGGAUAUGCUCCAGCACUACAACAGCACGCUGGACAAAGUCAGGACGGCAGAGAAGUCGCUGCUCGAGAUCGCGGAGCUGCAGACGUUGCUGGUGGGUAACUUGGCGACGCAGUCGGCGCAUAUCGAGCAACUUGUGGCGGAUUCGGAAAAUAUCACGGCGGAUGUGGGCGGCGGUAACAAGCAGCUGAAGAAGGCGGCGCAGCGACCGAGCGCGGCGAGGUAUACGUUCUUCGCGUCGGCUGGGUUGUGCACGUUUUUGAUUCUGUGGGAUUUGAUCAUAUAGCUGUGAGGCUGUCGCUUAUGGGCUGCAUAGAAGCUUUGGCUGGGAGUUUGUCGAGUAUGAAUUGCUAAUGGCGAUACACAUCAGAACCAUCAUCUAGGCUGUCCUCCCCACCACGUAUCGAGACCUAAUAAAUCCCACCUUCAAUCUCCGGCCUUUUCAAUUUGUGCAGUUUUGAAAUAUCAACGUAGCAUUCCACUUGUGUCUUGACUCCAAUCACAGGCUCAUUGUGGGGUGGUGGGAGGUUGGGCUGACAGACAUGUGAAAGUUUCUAGAUACGAGCGUCACAUGCUGAGGAGUUAAAAAGCCUGGGCCAGGUGCAGGUGACCUAGUCCCAAGCCAUGUAGAUCCAGCGGACUAGAACAUAGGAAGACCGGUGCCUCAAUCUACGGGCACUAGGAGCAUUAAUAGCGAUCUUGCCUUCUUGAGCAAACCGAGCUGCCUUC